UUGGUGCGGUUUCCCAGUCGAGGCGAGUCACUGCUCGCUCAAGGGUCAAGAGGAAGAAGGGGACAGGGCAGCGGCAUGGAGAGUUUUUAUCUUCCAAAGACGGUGUUGCCAGCGGCGGACCCGGUCUCUGACGGCGCUGCUCAGACGAGGACAGCCACGCAUGUGCUGAAUUCGUCGUUAAAAAAUUGUGUCUGGGCGCAAGGUCACAAUACGUCGAAUGCUAUAGGCUUCGUCGCGAUUUUGGGCGACCGCCCGCUUUUUCAGCUCUCUUCUUUGAAGUUAGAUCACAAGGACCCGUCGCGAUCUGAGCUGGUCAGGAUAAGUCAAAUUAGAACAGAGAACCUCGGGAAGGUGGCGACGAUGGCGGACGACCUGGCGGCUUUGUCGAACCUGGAUGGGAGCAUCAGCGUUUACAAGCUGCGCAGGAAGAGUCCGAGGCAAUAUUUGGACGACCCGAAGUUGGAAGAGGUGUUAGAGUGCGACGCGAAAAAGUUGGAAUCGCUAGUGUUUGAAUCCAAAAAAGUAGCCGUUUACACAUUGAACGCGAACAGCUGUUUGAGGGAGAGACAGUCGUGUUCGGUGCCGAUGGAGUACUUGACGAUGGAUUUGUCGUCUUCUGGGGUGUUUAGUAAGGCGGAGGGCCACAAUCGGUCGAACGCGUAUGGUGGUGUGACGGCUCAGAAGUUGUUGGCCUUUAGACAGGGUUACCAGACGGUGUGGGACUUGGCGAGGCCGGACAUAGGGCCGAUUAGAUCGUGGUACUGUUCGACGCUCACGAGGGCGCUCAGGUGGAGUGGGUCGUCCGAGGGUUCGAAUCAGUUCGCGCGAGGUUCGAUUCACGGUAGCGUCAAGAUUUACGAUCUCAGGGCGAAGGGCAGAAGCGCCGCGUGGCAAAGAAAGCGAGGACACAGAGGGACUAUAAGGUGCGUUCGCUGGAAUUUGUCUUUGCCUUAUUGGCUCGCUACGGCGGGAGAGGAUGCCAUCAUCAGAAUUUGGGAUUUGAGGUACGACGCGCCGCUUAGGGAGUUGUCUGGACACGCCAACUGCGUUAAUUCGGUUUGUUGGUCGCCCGUGAGUGUGGACACGUUGGUGAGCGGGGGUACGGAUCGGUCUCUGAAGCUGUGGAACUUGAGGGCCGGGCCCUGCUACAACGUCGCCAAUAUUGGCCGGUGGGAUUCCAGCGUCACUGGGGUUGGGUGGAGCAACGAGAGGUCGGCGGUGGCUGCGUUUGGGGUGAGUGCGACGGGGAUAGUACAAGCUUGCACGUUGUCCACCGACAUUUCGUACCCUUUGGUGCCGUCGUCGCCGUCCGGAUGCAAAGGGCAGAGCUUCGUGGAGGUGGAGAGGUUGAUUUACUGCAGAGACUUCGCGAACGGAUUUAAAAAGUCGUACCAGCUCGCGAAAAGGCUUCUUAGCCAGGACCGACUGCUAGAGGCCAAUUACGCGCUGGAUCUUUGUUAUCAGCGACCAUCGGUCGCCGAGGUCGACUUUUCGUCGGGCGCGCGGAUACCAAAAACGGACGUGACGGAAUUUGAAAAAGAGCUUCUCUAUUAUUCGUACUAUAUUCCGCCGAAUUAUUUAGACCAGUUGUGGCCGACGUUCGAAAAAAAAUUGAUUCUGGACAUACAAGUUCUCAAGACGAACAUUGAGACCCAGCAGUCGAUCCGCGAUCAAAAAGUCAAAGACCUUCUGACGGCUCGCGACGUGGUCAUCGGAUUCAUUAAGAAGAACACGCAGUCGAUCAACGAGCUGAUGCUGCUCGACUUGAUUUCGCUACUGGCGUCGUACGACUACAUCACCGCGAUUUCGUGGGCGAAAGACCUCCUAAACGUGCUGCCGCAAAACCAGCCAAUGCACCUGAGCGUCCUGCACACGCUGAUCUACCCGACUAUUCUAGACGACGAAUCAGACGCGGAAGUGAUCUCGUCGGUCUCCGAGCAACAGAAUAACAGCUCAGAAGCCAAGGCGACUCACACCCCUGGCGCCAACCACGAAACCGACCGCAAGAAGGUGCUCUCGAUGCUGUCUAGUUCGCUUCAAAAAGUGCAAAGCGACGCCAACUUCUACGCGAGCACCAAACUCUCCAAGACCUUCCUCGGAGACCAACUGGACUUUCUUCUCGCCUUCUACAGCGCCCUGUGGGGAGACGACCCAGAAGCGCUGUUCAAUGCGCAGUGGUCGACCGACACGUGCGUCUCCCUGACAGCCUGGAGGAUUUACCUCAACGCCGCCAUCGUGUACAGACGGUACGAUUUGUUUUACAUUCAGGCGACUCAAUUGGCCAAAAAAGUCAAAGCGCACUCUUCUGCCAAAAUUUUCGAAAUACAAAUUUUGAACACCGGUCUCACGCUGGAAAAGUACCUCCUGGAGUGCACGCACGUCAACCUGGGCCUCUUAGACGAGUCGGCACUCGCCCCUGACCGGCUCAAAACGCAAAACCCGGUACUCGUAGGCAAGAAUAGGAGCGACGUCAUCCAGCUGAUCAACAGACUCGGUAAGGCGAGCUGCAUUAUUUUAAACAUUCUCCAGAACGCGGACCAUACUCACAUCCCGAAAAGGCUCCUCACCUCUCUCGCGAACGCUCUCCGUCAAAACACCAUCGAAACCGAAGCAUACAUGAAGGAGGCCUCCACAGACCCCCACUCCACCUCCAAUCCGGAGGAAAACCACAGGAGGAUGACCGUGUUCAAUGCAAUAUCUCGCAACGUGAAAGACAUCGUCGACAAGAAGGGACAAGUAAACGAACAAUUUGCCGAAUACAUCAACGAGUACAAAAAUAUGGUAGAAUCCAUGAUGAAAAGUUGACUUUUAUAAUAUUGCGAGUUCUCGCCCCCUUUUUCCUGAAUAAAUGCCGACUUUCACCACUCCGGCCAAA